AGAGAGAUUUUCCACAAUGGUUUGGUUUUACACACGCUGCGCGUUCUGCUCCGCGCACAGCGGCGCUUUCAGCUCGCAGGAAUCAGCAGAGUAGUUUUCCUCUUCUUUUCUAAAAGCACCGGAUCAGCUCCAGAGGACAGACGUCCUCCUCUGCUCCUCCUCACAGACCUUCUCCUCGGCUCCUCCGCACAGCUCCUCCCGCAGCUGCCGGUGCGUAAAGACAGGAGGUCAGCCAACAUAAGACAUCAUGAGCGACCGGUUUGACUGCAAAAACUGCAACGAGUCCCUUUAUGGCCGCAAAUACAUCCCUGUGAAGGAGGAGCCUCACUGCAUCCCCUGCUAUGACCGCCUGUAUGCAAACACCUGCCAGGAAUGUAAAGAAAUCAUUAGUCACAAUGCAAAGGAGCUCUUCUACGAGAACAGACACUACCACGAGAACUGCUUCCGUUGUUACCGCUGUGACCGCUCUCUGGUGGACGAACCCUUCACCUGUCAACAGGAUGCUCUGCUCUGCAACGACUGCUACUGCAAUGAGUUUUCCUCCAAGUGUGUCGCCUGCAACAAGACGGUGAUGCCAGGAUCACGGAUGCUGCAGUAUGGUGGAUCCACAUGGCACGAGGACUGUUUUGUGUGCCAUGGCUGUGCAACACCAAUUGGAGCCAAAUCCUUCAUCCCAGACAGAAACAAUUACUACUGCAUGCCGUGCUACGAGGGCAGGUUUGCCCCACAGUGUAGCUACUGCAAGAAGGCGCUGACUAAAGGGGGCGUGACCUAUAAAGACGAGGUUUGGCACAAAGACUGUUUUUUGUGCACGUGCUGUAAAGCACCGCUGGCCGGCCAACCCUUCACCUCUCAGGGGGAAAGCCCGUACUGCGUCAAGUGCUUCAGCAGCCUGUACGCCAAGAAGUGCACCGGCUGCAACUCGGCCAUCACAGGUUUUGGAGACGGGAAGUACGUUUCUUUUGAGGACCGUCAGUGGCACCAGCCGUGCUUCAAGUGCUCGCGCUGCUCGGUGUCACUGGUCGGCUCCGGCUUCUUCCCCGACCGAGACGAGAUUCUGUGCACAGACUGCAACAACGAUGAGUGACCGCUUCCCAGGAUGCCUGCACCUGAUGUGGCAAAAUUUAAAACACUGCUGACACGGGCAGAAAAACCUCCAAACCUCAGCCGUGCACAUGAACACUGCAAUGCACAAAGCAUGCACAGCUCCAGACAGCCUUUAGCACACUAACAUGUAUGUAUAAAUUCUGCAUAAAUAACCUGUGAUGACAUGACUUUGUUCUUUUUUGGUAUAUAUAUUUUGCACGUGCACGUGUGCACACACACCUACAUAAAUAUGUAUUAAGUUAUAACAGUGGUAAGCCAACAUUUGUUUCAUUUUUCCUUUAUUUCAGCUACAUGUUUAAAGAUACAGUAUGUAAGAUUUAGAGGCGUUUAUUAGCAGAGUCUCCAUCAACAAAGAAGCAAAAACAUGAAGGGAAACAAAUUCAUGACCGGUGAUGCCAUUAUGCAAUCUUCAACCUCACCACUAGAUGACACUAAAUCUUACAAACUGUAGCUUUAAGUGUUAUGGCACAUGCUUGUAAAAAUCACUUGUUAUUGAUUUAUAAACCCAAAUAUGCUCAAAAACCGAAGCAAAAUUCCAGUAUCCCUUGACUUUUGCAACAUAAUUAUAUCUACAGUACUGUGCAUAAAGUCUUAAGCACCUUAGUGUAUUUUGAAGAAAUGCAUUUAGUAAAAGUCAGUUUGUAG